UUUAUUAGGAGGAAGGCAGUAGCCAAGUGAAGCAGCUGGAAUCACAGUGAAGUCACUCUAAAUUCUGCAGAUCGUCCUUCCUUGUGCUUCAGAGAUCACAUCCCCAAUUUACAGUGCAUUUUGUUCCAAAGAACUAAGCAAGAAGGCAACUGUGCAACAUGACAUUUGAAGAUUUUGAGAACUACUCUUAUUUCUACGAUCUGUCUGAGGAAGAUAAAUCACCUCAGUCCUCCCUCAGCAUUGCCCAUAUGAUUUCCCUUUCCUUUUACAGUGUGGCAUUUCUGCUGGGAGUGCCAGGUAAUGCCAUUGUCAUCUGGUUUAUGGGUUUUAAGUGGGAUAAAUCUGUUUCUACGCUCUGGUUCCUCAAUCUGGCCAUUGCAGAUUUAAUUUUUGUUCUUUUCCUACCCCUUUAUAUUACAUAUGUGGCAAUGGGCUUCCACUGGCCUUUUGGGAAGUGGCUCUGCAAAAUGAAUUCAUUCAUUGCACUGCUUAAUAUGUUUGCCAGUGUUUUCUUCCUGACAUUCAUCAGCCUUGACCGCUACAUCCGCCUGGUCCACCCCAUCUUUUCCUACAAGUAUCGGACUGUAAGGAAUACCCUCAUUCUUAGUGGGAUCAUUUGGAUGUCAGCUGCAAUUAUUGGUGGCCCUGCUUUAUACUUCAGAGACACAGCUACAGUUCUCAACAAUGUCACCAUUUGCUACAACAACUUCCAUGUGCAUGACAGAGAACUUAUUUUGCUGAUGCACCAUGUCCUCAUUUGGGUGAGGCUUGCGUUUGGUUACCUCUUUCCUCUAGUGACCAUGGUCAUUUGCUACUCAUUGCUGAUUGUCAAAGUGAAGAGGAGAGCCGUAUUGACUUCCAGCAGGCUUUUCUGGACCAUCAUUGCUGUAGUUGUAGCUUUCUUUGUUUGCUGGACACCGUAUCACAUAUUCAGCAUUGUAGAGCUGUCUGCUCACCAUGAUGAAAACUUGCACGGCUUACUGCAGGAUGGCAUUCCCCUCUCCACUGGCCUUGGUUUCAUCAACAGUUGCCUCAAUCCAAUCCUCUAUGUUCUGAUUAGCAAAAAGUUCCAGGCCCAGGUCAAGAUAACAGUCUCUGAGGUGCUAAAACUGGCACUGUGGGAGGUGAGCCGCUCGGGAACUGUCAGUGAGCAGCUGUGGAGCUCAGACAAUGCUCCUACGCCUGUGCACUACUGUGAAACAGCUGAGUGACUGCGCUCAGCACCAUGCCUCUCCGAAACAGGUAACAGGAGAUGUGGAGAUGUUCUUGACUUCGUAUCUGCCAUUCAGAUAUGCAGCUUAGCAUGUACAGAUUUAUGUAAACAGCUGGCUUAACUGCACUUGCUGCUUUCCUUGAGAGGUAUUUAAAGGCCACAUUGUUUAGAUGUGGUGCACUUGUGAUGCAUAUACAGCCUGAUCUGAAAGUUGUCAGCAUAAGUGGAAGUGCUCUAACUGGGUUUUUGAUCAGGAAUGAUGUUGUAAUCCUGUCAAUUUUUAGUGGUUCCAUACCUCACUGAUUUCAAAAGAGCACAUAAUAAAAAUCUGCCAUCACUGGUUAACACUCUUGAUCAAGGCACUCUCAUCAAAGAGAUGGCAGUCAUAUAUCAAUGGGUCAUGAGAUUACUGAUUGUCUAGUAUUGCCUUAAGUUGGAAUCACUUGGUUACAUGCCAGCUAAGUGAAGCUAUUGGUAGCUCCAUUCUGCAGCUGGAGAAGAAUCACAAGACAGACAGUGCUAAUUGCUGCUGCCUUAUGUCAAAAAAGAAAAAUAUGGAAACAAAAUGUUUGCUUUCUCCCAGUGCUCUUUAUCUUGUACUCAAAACUAAGUCAGCAGAUCCUGUGUUUUCUGGUCACUUAUCCUUGUGCUUUUAGCACUGGUUGGGUGCAAAGUACUGAGAUGAUGUGUCAUAUAUGUCUUAGACUCAUUUGAAAUGUGCUAAGAAUUAGUGAAAAUGUUUCUUACAGAAGCUAAGAUUAAAGCUCUCCUGACACACUUUUUCUAUGUUUAAACUUUUGGGCUCAAACUGGUUUAAAGCUAUCCAUUAUUCUUUAUUAUUCUGUCAAAGGUAAAGAAAUAACAGAACAUUUCGUUUGCCUUAAUGCCGUUCAGCAAGAAACAGGCAGAGUGAAUUCAAUGAUUCUAUUUCAAGUCUGUGGACUUCUUUGCAAAAUGAGAGGCAAAACAGUAAGUACAUCCAUGGAAUGGAGUCCACAUCCCAGAAAAAAAAAGGCUACUCAAAGAAGUCAUUCUAAUUAAGCUGUAUUCUGUUCUAACUUGUUGUUUACUGUAGAAUCACAGAUGCACCAAUGCAAAUAUAUAUACUAAGUGGAAGAUUAACUUCUGAUCUAAUACCACUUAAUGAAAAAGUUGAACGUGGUAUAAAACUCCACUAAAAUUAGAAGUAUAAAGCUCUGAGUAAAUUUGAAUAGUUUUUUCCUUGUAAUUGGCCUAGGUAUACAGAAUAAAAUUGCCUUUCAGAUGAUCUACCUGGUUUCUAUGGUCUGCCAACACACAUAGUAGCGUUUAUACUGUAAUUGAGGCCUUAUUUGUAAAUAUAUUGCUUUUUGUAUAAAAUAUCUAUACAUAUGCAUGCACGAGCACAUCCAAUAUUGAUAGCUGUACAACUAGAAACGUUUUAACUGUAGUCUUUUUCUUUGGGUUCUGGUUUCAGAGUUUGGGAAAGUCAGAAAAGGAUCAGUGGAGUUUCAGUGUAUUUCACUUUAGGCUGGAGAGUUGGUGAGCAGCACUUUCUUUGAGUCAUUGGCUGCCUAGUACAUAGUGACUCAUCAGAAUAUUUUGUCACCAUGCUGCUGUAUGUGUGUAAAUCAAACAUUUUGUUCCCUGACACCUUUCUAAGAAUGAUGUGUUAGUACUACUCUCCUGACUCUACUCCAAGUGAAGUAAUAAAAUUUUGUCAUUUCCAAA